GCUGCGUUGUUUUGAGCUAACCUAGAUGGAGAAAAAAAGCCGCACAAAUAUAGAAGCUACUGUUCAUCUUCUUUGAUUUUGAAGUUCUCGUAAAGCGAUCCUAACUGCUUCUCAAUCUCCAAUACUUAGUGCUCCAAAAACAAUUCUCGUAUAAUGGCUUCGUCAUCAACAUCAGAUUCUACUACAGUUCCUGAGACUACAAAUUUGCAGAGAAAAUCAAAUGAUGUUGGCUGGGAGUUUGGAAUGUUGGUAAAUCCCAAAAAUUUGGACAAAAUGAAAUGCAAAUUAUGUGGAAAGGAGUUUUCUGGAGGAAUACAUAGACUGAAGCAACAUGUUGCUAGAAUACAAGGGAAUGUUGCACCUUGCCCAAAAUCUAAAAAAGAAGACCAGGAAAAGUGCAAGUUAGCAAUUCUAGAAGCAAAAAAUAAGAAGAAAAGAGUUCGAAUGGCAGAUCUGGAAACUAGAAAGACGGUAAAUAUUGAUGAAAACCAAGAGGGGGAUGAAGAAGUUAUUGAGGUAGAAGGGAUGGGAGCAAACAAAAGUGCUCGCAUGCUUGGUCCUAUAGAUAGAUUUACUUCAAGCAUCAAUCCUGAAACUCCUAAAGGUCCAAUAUUGACACAACAACAACAGCAUAUCAAGAAUGUUAUUGCAAAGGAUAGAUUACAUGUGGUGCAUCAAUAUGUUGCUAGAUGGGUGUAUUCUCAUGGCAUUCCUUUUAAUGCUAUUGCAAAUGAUGAUUUUAAGAGAAUGCUUGAGGCUGCUGGACAAUUUGGACCAGGUGUUACUCCACCUAGUCAAUAUCAGUUGAGGGAGCCUUUGUUAAAGGAAGAGGUUGAUCGAGUGAAAGGUUUGAUGAAAGAACAAGAAGAUGAGUGGAAAGUGAACGGCUGUUCCAUUAUGACAGAUUCUUGGUCAGACAGAAAAAGAAGAUCAAUCAUGAAUUUGUGUAUCAACUGCAAAGAAGGUGCCAUGUUUCUCUCCUCUAAAGAUUGCUCUGAUGAUUCCCAUACAGGUGAAUAUAUAUUUGCGUAUGUCAAUGAGUGCAUCGAAAAAUUAGGUGGAGAUCAUGUAGUUCAAGUAGUAACAGACAAUGCCACUAACAACAUGGCUGCUGCAAAGUUGUUAAAAGAGGUGAGACCCACCAUAUUUUGGACCUCUUGUGCAACGCAUACAAUUAAUCUCAUGGUGGAAGGCAUUUCUAAACUUCCUGUGUUUGAAGAAACAAUUAAAAUGGCGAAGGCAUUUACCAUUUUUAUAUACGCUCAUCACCAGACCUUGUCCAUGAUGAGAAAAUUUACUAAGAGAAAAGACAUUGUUAGGCCUGGAGUAACUAGAUUUGCAUCUGCAUUUCUUACUUUGCAAAGUUUGGUAGAGAAGGAAGAAAGUUUAAAGAUGAUGUUUGCUAGCCAUCAAUGGAAACAAUGUAAAUGGGCAAAGCAUGCUAAAGGACUCGCAGCCCGUAACACAACAACCAGUAUGGAAUUUUGGGAUGGUAUGGAAAUGUGUUUGAAAGUCUUUGCACCGUUGGUUAGAGUACUUAGAUUGGUUGAUGGAGAUCAGAAGCCGACAAUGGGUUUUCUACAUGGAGAGUUAAAAGAGGCAAAGAAAGAGAUAUGUAAGGCACUAGGAAAUCUUGAGAAGAAUUAUAGACCUGUACUUAAUAUCAUUGAUCAGAAGGGUAAAGAUCGACUUGAUAGUCCUCUUCAUUGGGUGGCAUAUUUUUUGAAUCCUUAUUAUUUUUAUAAGGAUUCGAGUAUCCAAUUCGACCGAGAUGUGGUUACCGCUACUUUUAAAUGUGUUGAUGCAUUUUUUCCUAAUGAUCUUAAUACUCAGACAUUUGUCAUCAACACUGAACUUUCAAUGUAUACAAGAAAAGAGGGAAACUUUGGACAUCCAACAGCCAUUAAAGGAUGCUCCAAGAAUGAUGAAAAUUUUGAUCCAGUUCAAUGGUGGAACUUUUAUGGAGUUGAAGUUCCUAAACUACAAACAAUGGCAAAAAAGAUUUUGUCUUUGACGACUAGCUCAUCAGGAUGUGAGCGUAAUUGGAGUACUUUUGAAGGGGUGCACACCAAAAAGCGAAAUAAACUUGAAACAAAACGGUUGAACAAUCUUGUUUAUGUCCAAUUCAACAUGAGACUGUUGGCCAAACGAAAGAAGCAAAAAGAUAAGAAUAUGGACAUACUAGUUGCAAAUACUGCUGUUCAUGCUCAAGAUUGGAUUGUUGAAGAUGCAUAUGUGGAACUAGGAGACACAACCACACAUGAAGAUUUGGUUAGGGAGCUUGAUGAAUCUGAUGAAGGCGAAGAAGUUGAUAUUGAUUUUGAAUCAGAUGAUGAGCAUGGAUUUUAG